AUGGGACCAGCCAACCAAACAUAUAUCUGUGAAUUAUUCCUCCUGGGACUUUCUGAGAAGCCAGAGCAGCAGCUGCCUCUCUUUGGGCUGUUCCUGGGCAUGUACAUGGUUACUUUGUUUGGAAAUCUGUUUAUCAUGGUGGCUGUUGGCUCUGACUCCCACCUCCACACCCCCAUGUACUUCUUCAUUUCUAAUCUGUCUUUGGUGGAUCUUUCUCUGGUGUCCACCACAGUGCCCAAGAUGCUGGCCAACAUCCUGACACACAGUAAGGCCAUCUCCUAUGCUGGCUGCCUCACCCAGAUGUAUUUCUUCUUAGUCUUUGCUUGUAUGGACAACUUCCUUCUCACUGCAAUGGCUUAUGAUCGGUUUGUGGCCAUUUGUCACCCUCUGCGCUAUGUGGCCAUAAUGAAUCCACAGCUUUGUGGCCUGUUGGUUCUGAUUGCCUGUGUUCUUAGUCUUCUAACUUCUCUCCUUCACAUUCUCAUGGUGAUGAAACUGUCUUUCUGUAAAGGCCUUGAAAUCCCAUAUUUUUUCUGUGAUCUCACUCAGGUUCUGAAGCUCUCUUGUUCUGACACUCUCAUCAACAACAUUUUGGUUUAUUUUACAACUGGUCUGCUGGGUAUUGUUUCCCUCACAGGAAUUCUUACUUCUUAUACACAGAUCUGUUCUUCUGUUCUGAAAAUCCCAUCUGCUGAGGGGAAGUAUAAAGCCUUUUUUACCUGUGGUUCUCACCUCUGUGUUAUUUCGUUAUUCUAUGGCACAGGUUUUGGAGUAUACAUGACCUCUUCAGCUACUCACUCCUCCUGGAAGAGAAUAGUUGCCUCAAUGAUGCAUGCUGUUGUAACCCCUAUGCUGAACCCCUUCAUCUAUAGUUUGAGGAACAAGGACAUAAAGGAUGCCUUGAAAAAAUUCAUUAACAGGUCAACCUCCUCUCAAUGA